CCGCGGGCGGGCAGAGCCCGGCGGCUGCUGGCGGUGGCGGCGGCGGAGGGUGGGUGCCCGCCGUGCCUCGCCUGGCCAAGCCUCGCCAAGCCUCGCCGCCCCCCACUCCUUAGGAAGCCGCUGCGGAUAAAGCAUUCAAGAUGUCAGUCAAAAAGGAAGGUGCCCACAAGAAGUGGGCUGCCCUGAAAGAGAAACUCGGACCCCAGGAGACCGACCAGUCAGAGGCCAACCUGGAAAAUGCAGAACCAGAACUCUGCAUCCGUCUCCUGCAAAUGCCAUCGGUGGUGAACUACUCUGGGCUGAAGAAGAGGCUGGAGAACAGUGACGAUGCCUGGAUGGUCCAAUUCCUGGAGCUGUGUGGUCUUGACCUCCUCCUAGAGGCCCUGGACAGGCUGUCUGGGCGAGGAGUGGCCAGGAUCUCUGAUGCCUUGCUUCAGCUCACCUGCAUUAACUGUGUGCGAGCAGUCAUGAACUCCCACAAAGGCAUCAAAUACAUUGUGAGCAACGAGGGCUACGUCAGAAAACUUUUUCAAGCACUUGACACAACUAAUGUCAUGGUCAAAAAGCAAGUCUUUGAGCUCCUGGCUGCACUGUGCAUUUACUCAUCAGAUGGACAUGCUUUGGCUUUGGAUGCCCUGGACCAUUACAAGAGUGUGAAGAACCAGCAGUAUCGAUUCAGUGUCAUCAUGAAUGAGCUCUCCAACACAGAUAAUGUGCCAUACAUGGUGACACUGCUGAGUGCUAUCAAUGCCAUCAUACUGGGUAAAGAAGAGCUAAGAACAAGGACACAGAUUAGAAAUGAGUUCAUCGGGCUUCAGCUGUUGGAUAUUUUAGACAAGCUGAGAGACAUAGAGGAGGAGGAUCUGCUUAUCCAGUGUGAUACAUUUGAGGAGUUCAAAAUAGAAGAUGAUGAGGAAUUAUUAAAGAUAUGUGAUGGGAUAAACAUGAACGACCAUCAUGAGGUCUUUUCUUCUCUGUUCAAUAAAGUGAGCCGCUCUCCAGUCUCCAUCCAGCUGCUAUCCAUACUCCAGAGCUUGCUGCACUUGGAACCAUCUCACCACUCCAGCCUCUUGCUGUGGGAGUCAUUGGAUGCAGUAGUGAACAGAGCCCUUUUGCUGGCAAAUGACAUCCAAGGUAACACAGUUGAAGAAGUCAUCGAGAGGCUGCUAUCUAUCAAGAAACAUCCAAACAAGCAAAAGCGAGCUGAAAACCGUCCGCAUGGGCGUGUGAAUAGAGCCACACAAGCUGAGCUAGAACCAUGUGCACAGCCAGCCCAGAGCCCAACUGGACCAUCAAACCCCUCCAAGACUCCAGCAACUCUGUCAGGGCCACCUGCCAACCAAAAGAAUCUCUCAUCUUCCCAGCUCACAGCCUGCUCUGCUUCAAUUGAGACAUCCAACCCUGCCCCCAACACCACUCCCACCCCACCACCUCCACCCCCACCACCUCCACCCCCUGGCACAGUAUCUGUGCCCUCCACAUCUCCCAUGAUGAAUGCACCUCCAGCACCUCCACUCCCUGGUAUCCCUCCCCCUCCACCCCCAUUGCCUGGCAUGGGUAACAGCCCUCCCCCUCCACCCCCAUUACCUGGCAUGGGUGGCAUUCCUCCCCCUCCACCCCCAUUGCCUGGCAUGGGUAACAUCCCUCCCCCUCCGCCCCCAUUGCCUGGCAUGGGUAACAUCCCUCCCCCUCCGCCCCCAUUGCCUGGCAUGGGUGGCAUCCCUCCCCCUCCACCCCCACUACCUGGCAUGUGUGGCAUCCCUCCACCCCCACCCCCAUUGCCUGGCAUGGGUGGCAUCCCUCCUCCUCCACCCCUCCUUCCUGGCAUGACAGGAGACCAUAUAGAAGCCGUGGUGGCCUCCCAGUUCAGCUUCCCUCUGGGCUCGGGCAGGCCUCCCCACAAGACAGUGAAGACACCAACGUUGAGAAUGAAGAAGCUGAACUGGCAGAAGCUGCCCUCUAACGUGGUGAGAGAAAGUCACUCAAUAUGGGCUUCAGUGAGCAGCAGCAGCGAGGAAACCAUAGAGCCCAAUUACACAAGCAUAGAGCAGCUCUUCUGCUUUCCACAAACAACCCCCAAGGAGAAAACGUCUGCACCGGUGAAGGCAGAACCGAAGGAGAUCACAUUUUUGGACUCCAAGAAAAGUCUCAAUUUGAACAUAUUUUUGAAGCAAUUUAAAUGCUCCAAUGAAGAGGUGGCUGCCAUGGUCCAGAAUGGGGACCGGACCAAGUUUGAUGUUGAGGUUCUGAAGCAGUUGCUGAAGCUGCUGCCUGAAAAGCAUGAGAUAGAAAAUCUGAAGGCCUUCAAAGAAGAGAAAUCAAAACUUGCAAACGCAGAUCAGUUUUAUCUUCUCCUCCUUCAGAUUCCAAGCUACCAGCUGCGCAUUGAAUGCAUGCUGAUCUGCGAGGAGACCACCGUUGUGCUGGAUAUGAUUCAGCCCAAAACUCAAGCUAUCCGGAGAGCCUGUGAAGAUCUUCUUAACAGCCAUCGCCUGCCGCUCUUUUGUCAACUGAUUCUCAAAGUUGGAAACUUUCUGAACUACGGAAGUCACACAGGCGAUGCCGAUGGGUUUAAAAUCAGCACUUUGCUCAAACUCACAGAAACCAAAGCAAACCAAACCCGCAUUACGCUGCUCCACCAUAUUCUGGAGGAAGUAGAAAACAGACACGUGGACCUAUUGGAAUUGCCAAAGGAUCUUGAAUAUGUUUCAAAAGCAGCCGGAAUUAAUCUUGAUAUUAUACGCACCGAGUCUGGUACCAAUUUAAAGAAGUUGCUGGAGCUUCAGCGAAAAGUCUUAUCGUCAAACGAUGAUGUGAAACAACAGUAUGAGAAACCUAUCCAGGAUAGCAUUGAUGCCUCCCAGAAGCUGGAAGAAGAAUUUGACAGCAUUGAAAGGAAGAGAGAAGAACUUGCAAAUUAUCUUUGUGAAGAUCCAAGCAAGUUGUCCUUAGAGGACAUAUUUAGCACCAUGAAGACCUUCAGAGAUCUCUUCAUCCGAGCCCUGAAGGAAAACAAGGACAGAAAGGAGCAAGCUGCCAAAGCAGAGAAGAGAAAGAAGCAGCUGGAAGAAGAAGAGGGGAAGAGACAGAAGGGAGAAAAUGGAAAAGUUGUUAAGAAGGGGGUGGCAAAGCAGGAGGAGGUGUGUGUCAUCGAUGCCCUCCUGGCCGACAUAAGGAAAGGGUUCGCUCUGAGAAAGACAAAGAACAGGCACGAUUUGGAUGCAUUUCCCAAGCCUGUGGAGAGCCUGGAGGAGACCCAGCCUGGAAAGAGUGUUAAGGAUCCACAAGGAGCAGGAAAGCAGCUCAAUGAUAAGACCAGUCAGAACAACAAUGGCCAUCCCUCAGAAAGCACACCCCUCUCAACCGCUGCCAUGAUGGAGAUGGGUGGAGAUGUUACAGAUGCCUCUGCCUCAAACCAGGAGGUAUCUAAAAACAAUACUGAAGGAAAUUUGCCACCGGAGUCCUGGAUGGAAAGCCCCUCUGUAAGCCUGGUGGAAGCUGAUGGGGUUGAUCAGCCCAUGCUGAAUGCUGGAAUGAAGCAAGCAGAGAGCUGGGCAAGCCUCCAGCCAAGCACAAAGAACAGUUCAGUUGCCUUCUCUGCUGCUAGCAUAGGCACAGGGAUAAGGUUUGCAAGCAGCAGUUUGGACUCUGCUCUGAGAGACCAACUCAAUGGAUCCAUCUCUGAAGGCCAGGACAAGGAAUGCCCAGCUGAUGGCUUGGAGAGCUACCAGCUGGCACAAGGGCCAGAAACUCAGCUGAGCAAGACUGGGUUUGACCCUGGCAGAACUCAGCCCACUCCCUGUGAUGAGGCAGAGUCAAAAGAGAUGGUGAAGGAGAAUGAAGACCCUGGUACAGACUCACUGUUGGACACCUCACAAGAGAAGUCCUUCUCAGAGGAGCCAGCCACCGACUCUUCUUGUUCAGCAACCCUCCCCCCAGGGCAACCUCACACUGAUAGGGAAAAGCAGAGGACAUCUGGAAAACGGAGGAAGAAGAAGAGGCACAGCAAAAGCUACUCAGAGGUUGAGACUGAUACUGGAGAUAUUAAAACAAAAAAAGGUUGUGUGGUACAAUGAGGUGUCACAGCAAGGCAAAAGAAAUAAUGGAGCCCCAGAGAACCUCUCACACAUCCCCUGAGUGCUGCCAGCUUCUCAGAAGCAGAGUUCUGCAUUCCUGAAACGCCACCGUGGUCACCUCUGCCCCAUCAGGACCCGCUGCUUCUCCUCCCACAGCCUUUUGCUCCCCUCCCCAAGACCCAAAGAGCCUCCCUUGAGACUUUGGCACCCUUGGCCCCUGCCUGAUGCCAAGUGGCCACAGGGACGAGGGCUGGUCCUGAGUGUGACUACUGGCAGUGUGAAAGGGUCAGACCUCUCACCUGCUGUCCUGAAAGCCAACUCUUUCAACCUACUCUUGGGCCAAACUCUUCUCAAAAUGACAGCUGAGUGUGGCCCAAGAAAGGGCCACAGCAUUUAGCCCUCGGAGAAAUUUUUAGCAGUGCCUCAACUAAAUUAAGGGUAUAAAUUAAGCAGUGGCUGUACCAUCACAGGUGGAAGCAUGUUGCUCCCUCCUCUCAUCACCCACUGAUGAUUUAUAUUGGACCAGGUCCAAGACCCAGAUCAGACAAAUGUAUUUUUACUCCUAGUCAUUUGAUGCAAGGAAAAUCGGUUACAGGGGAAAAAAAGUGUUUGUUUUUUU